AUGGUCGAGGCCCUUCCUCCUACCAGUAUUUCCCAAGUGCAGACAUUUUUGCGAGAUCCCCAGACUGAUACUCCCUACACGAAGCUAAAGAAUGAACUCCUUCGCCUGACCUCAGCCUUAGAUCGGCAGCGUUAUCACGCACUCGUAAAAGAAGAGGCCUUAGGUGAUCGUGAGCCUUCGGGACUCCUGCGUUGUAUGCGUUCUCUCGUUAGAAACAUGACCAUUGAUGAUAAGUUCUUCAAAGAGAUGUUCUUGGAACGUCCGCCGACAUCGGCGCAAACAAUCUUGGCCUCCGGCACAGAUGAUUUAGACAUAUCAAAGCUAGCAGAAAUGACCGAUCGUAUGAUGGAGGUUGAGCGUUUGUCAUCCACGACAAUUACUCAGGCUUCCCAGCCUCUCACUGUGUCCACCUCUGACCUGGCUGAACUACAGACACAUAUCGCCCAGUUGUCUACGACUGUUGCCGCCUUGCAACUGCGCCGGUCCGCUCGUCCAUCUCAACGUUCCUGUGGCCUUGAACGUCGUCGUUCCUGCUCUCGCCCCAGGACCUCAAACCUAUGUUAG